AGGUGAGGGUUCUAUCCAGGUGUGUCACUUUUCCUCCAUAGGAGGGGGUACCCAGAAACUUUGCCUCUCCUUGGUCACCCAUAUACCUGGUAAGAGACCUAACAGGAAAAUGCCGCUUAUGUUUUCCUGACUACAGGAAAAUAUGCUGUUUGGGUCUCCAAAAUUUUCACCUGGUAAAACUGGGAAUAAUGAAGUCAAACUCAGUGCUCAGAACAUUCAGCUUCAGCUGUCUUAGGCUUAGAACAUCCAUACCCCAGUUUUCAAUCUUGUACUGGAAGAAGUGGGGAUAGACCCAGACACCCUCUGUCUUUGUUUGUGUGAACUAUCAAGAUCAAGGGACUCUUCUUUUCUGAAAAUGUCUGUGCUGCUCCUGGGCUGCUUUGACAACCCCCCCCCCCCCCCCCCCGUGAGCACAUCUAUCCCUCUCCAGGGACAUGUGAUGAGUCAGAAAAACUGAUCACGCAGAUAGUGACAGUGAAGCAUAUCUCAGCUGGACCAGCCUUGGUGCCGACUUCCAGCUCAUACAGACAGGGGACAGGGGCAGAUUGUUUUAAAGCAGGUCCAGCAGAGAAGAUGCAUACAAAUGAAUUCCGAUGCCCCGCAUAGUGUUGACUUCUGGGGUUAUGUUUACCAUCUUCCCAUUCGUGUUUCUGUGCCACAAAACAUUUCUUCGACAUAGUUCCUAGUCCUUAAACUGGGUUAUUACUAGCUACUGAGCUUCCCCCCCCCCCAGGAAUACAUGCUCGUGAUAGAAAACUAGGGUAUGGGAGGGAAGCAAGAAAAAAACUGAGAGACUGAUCAUAUCCCCACCACUCUGAGGCCCCUACAUUGGAGCCAAUCAUGAUGACCAGAACCUCAGAACCUCUUCAGUACGUGGUUGUCUUGGGGGCCAGGAGGACAUGGCACGGCCGAGAACUGUGAUUGGCAACAGUGAUUCUGUGUUCUUGGCAGCAGCAGCAGGAGUCCAAAGGACAGCAAGGAGGCCUUUGAAAUCUCAGGCCAGAGAUAAAGAUUACUAUUUAGGGAUUCUCUUUCUAUCUAUCUCUCUAUCUCUCUAUCUAUCUAUCUAUCUAUCAUCGGUCCCUCCUCUCCCUCUCUCCCCCCUUCCUCACCCCUCUUCUCCCCUACUUAUUCUUUUUUAUUUUUCAGGUGCCAUCUCAAUCUCAUCAUGGGUACAAGCUCACUCAUUAAGCUACACUUGUAUAACACAGCAAUGACUGUACAUUUCAUUCUGCUCUGGACUAAAUGAUUUGUGAUGCUGGGCACUGUGUCUUCUCCAUACUUGAACUUCCUCACCUACAAAAUGAGGAUGGCGAUAACGUUUUACCUCAUGGUAUGGUAAGGGAGGGUGACAAAGAAGUCGCAAAGCGAUUUGCAGACAUGAAGUGUCUGUGAAUUAUGCACUGCUCAAAUAAUUCCAUUAGCGGCAGCACAGCCACUAAAAUGGAGCGGUUCCAUCGAGGCUCCGCCAAGAUAGAUAAUGUAGAGAGAGGGGGGCCAUCUUGGUUGGGAACUAGAGCGUAGCUAUCUGGCUGAAGCACAUGGGGUUCGCUCCUUCCUUUGAGCCCUCCAGAGGAGUUGCCUCCUUCUUAUUUUUUACCCAACGCCAGACUCACUUUCUCUCCUCCACGGUCAAUUUUGCAAAGAGCACUUUCAUUCCUGUUGCUUAUGACCAGAAAUGAUGGAACGAGGAGACCACGGGGAGGCUGAGGGCAUAGACGCCUAGAGCAGUUCACCUCUAAAGCAGGCAUGGAGUGACUGCAGUCGGUCUGCUCUAAGAGCUCUACGAUCAUUCCUAGCUGUACAUGCUCAUGUUGGGAGAAAGUCAGAUUCUUUAAGCCUUUAGCGUUCUCUCAUGUUUAGAGUGAAGAUAAGUAUGAUAGAGAACCCACCUCCUCAUGUCAGGGUGCAAAGCUCAUGGAUAGCCUCUGGAUUCUGAGUGUGUAUCCCGUUGGGACAUUUCCCAGUAUGAUCUUGCUUGGGUCCUAGAUUCUAAAGGAGGGAAAAAAAACAAGUCCCCCCCCAAAGCAUCUCCAUGCUUUUCUUCUUCCCCGUGCACAAUAAGAGUCUCUGCCAGAGAAUAACAAGUCCUUGCUCUCGGUAUGUCUAGAGCCAAGCCAACAACAAGGGUAAUGGCACAUCUACAAGGGUGGCUUGUUCGGGGCCAAGAAACAGAAAACAGAAACCUAAGAUUUCCCCAGCUGCAGCCCAGCCUGGCAUCUCCCUGACACCUGACAGCCUACCGCUCUUCAUGCUGAAGGCCUGUUGUGACUCCCUAGGGAAACAGCCCCGUGUCCCCCAUUUCUCUCCCCUGGACCCCAGGCUUUUCCUUUCCUCUCUAGGUGGCCCGUAGGCCCGCUGUUGUGUGUGUGCCAGAAUGUCUGCCUUGUGAGUAUGAUGACGCCUUCGCACAGAGAUGUCCCAGAACCACUCUGUGCCCCUUCCUUCCCCGCCCACCCCACUGCCCACGGUGUGACUGUUUUGCUAUUUAAGACUAUCUGUAAAAAUGUACAAACAAAAGUGAAGGCCGAAGAUAAAGGGGAGGGGUAUUGCAACUGCUCAAAUGCUGUAACGGAGCCCUCAGUUUUCGGAGGACUUGUAAGGACUGCCCUGGAAUCCUGACUCUGAUGGCACUUGAGGGAGGGAUGCCUGUCACAGGAGAAUCUUCUGGUUGUUUCCCCGGUGGUUGCUCAUGCUUGCUUGUUACUCUCUGUUCUGAGGGCAUCUGCCUUUAAAGUUAAGUCACUCUCCCCCCCACCAAAUAAAAGCAUCCAAGUCAGAAGAGUGAAGGUCAUGGCCAACGUCAACUUAAAGACCUGGCCUGGGGUGGCAUAGGGAACUUUGUUAAUAGCUCACCUGGAACCUUGGGUAAAUCUUGUAACCUCACCAUGUAUCCAUGUCCCCUCAGCCUCACAGGGAGCAGGGUGAUCUUGGGGACUCAUGAGACACCAGGUCUCCCCCCCCCCCCUUCCCGUCCAUUCUGCUGCUAUUUGUGGCCCAUGCUGGCUGUUGCAAGCUGACUGAGCUGGGGCAAACCAGGAGAUGCUUUUUCUCCCUGUUGCUCUUGGUCCAAGCCGAUAUUCCCUCAGAAAGUAAACCUCAAGCCAGCAGCCAGCUGGUGCGCAGAGUCCAGAGCCUUUUCAGUCUCAGAUGCCUUUUCCCCCACCCACUUUGAUGAUCUCGUCCUGCUCUCUCUCUCUCUCUCUCUCUGCUCAUGACAGAACUUCGCCUCAUAGGACUGGGGUAGGAGAAAGAGCACCAAAGGAGAGGACGUGAGGGAAUCGCUUUUACCAACUGUGGCUUGCUCUACAAAUGUGACUUACUGCGGGCUGUGGGUAGAACAGAAGGCUAGAUAGACUAAGAGCUUAACGGGAACUUCGGGAUGAAGGAAUGUCUGUGCUUCCAAAAUCCCCUCAGCACAGCGGCAGAGAAAUAUCCCCAAGGCAGUAACCCUGGAGCAGGAGGGAUUAGGACAGCACAGGACAUGGUUAAUCAAUCCUGGAGUACAAGUGGCUGCCAGAGAAGAGUAGUUUUUCCUGAGGGAUAAACAAAUUCGGCCUGUGCCAACAUCCCCUCAACUCAUGGCUAUAAGCACCUUCGGUCUACAACUUCCUCAUCCCUGAGGAACCUUGGUGACCCUCUUUGAAGGUGAUUUAGACCGCUGCUGUCCGAUAAAAUUUGAUACAAGAUAUGUGUGCAAUUCAAAAUAUCUCAUGAGCUGCAUUUUAAAGUGUUCGACAAAACAGGUGAAAUUAAUUUCCAUACUAUAUUUUAACCCAGCAUAUCAAAAAUAUUAGCAUUUCAACGUGGAAUUGACAUAAAAGUUACUGUCAUGUUUUAUGUUCUGGUUAUUUCAAAUGAAAUCUAAAUCCAAGGUGAAUUUUACUAGGAGCAAGCGUCUCCAACUGGCUCAGCCACAGUUUUAGUGCUCAAAAACUGAAUCAGGUUUCUGGAAACCGGCUAGGGGAGCACAGUGUCAGGUCUUUCCAGAGGCCGAGCGGGAUGCCCUUACCAGACAGUCACUCACCGCUGCGGAUUUCACUGUGGGGGAACAAAGACAAAGGCUGAUUUGCUGAGUAGGAAGCAGAUCUGUCUCCACAAUGCUGCCUCACCUUUGGAAGUUCUACUUUGCCUGCUUAGUAAGGGGAGAGAGCUUCUAUGAUCCAUCUACAUGCUGUAUCUGCCCCAAUGGGCAUUAGUGCUAUCCCUGGACACAGCCCAGAUGACCUGUCAGAAUCCUAGGGGGAAAGCAGGCCGUGCCCUUCAGCUGACCACCCACCACCCACCCUAUCCACACAGAUGUCUCUCAUGAUAAGUGAUAGACAGGCCUCCCCUUUGUUAAGAAUACACAUCUCUCCUACCUCUUAACAUCUGGCGGAGUCUCCUGCUACAAACAUCUCACUCAUACUUGGAGCUGUCUAGCCCAUCCUCCGAUGUCUUUGAUUUUUCUUCUUAAAUCCUGAAUGCUGAAAAGGAGAUAUAGGAGAAGAGCAGCAGGCAGACUGUGUCUCCUAGGAGGUGGCAGAGACAAGUUCUGUUCUCACGCUAGGACUCAGGCCACCAUUCCCUACCUCUCCUUUCUGCUUCGAGAUCUUCCUAGAGAAGCUCUUUUGUGUGGGAAAUAGACAGAUAGUGAGAUCUUAGGGCACAGAACAGAAUAAAUACAAGCAAGCCCCUGGGCAUUCUCCAGUCAUUUCAAAGAGCCAGUGUGAUACAGCUUGAUUCACUUAAAAUCUAACAUUCUGAGCCCUAUGCUGCCGAGCAGGAGAAAGGGAGCUGAUUUGGUGAGUUUUAUCUGUGGUCAUUAGACAGGGACCAUCGCCGGCAAAACUCUCAAACACCUGGCGUGUUCAUGGUCCGCCAGAUUAUUGCUCAGUCAAUAAAAAUUUAUUUACUUUCACUCUAAUUUGCAUAGUGCUUUCUGAUUGGUUAGAAACAGUGUGGUGUAUACUGCAGGAUUCUAACAACAACUCUCCCCUUGGAGGUAGCAAUUCCUGUGGUUAUUGGUGCUAAAAUAAGAUUAAAUAUUAUGUUAAUUUGUUCUGAUAUGAUGUGAAUAAAUGUAUUGUUUAAUCUUAACAAGAAUGCUACAUCUUAUCAGAUCUAUUGUACUGUCUGUUUCUUCUCAUAAUUAAUUAAUUACAGGAAAGAUGAUCCAAACCAGAUCUCGAAACUCUUGUGAUAUUCUAAGAGAAACUUAACAGGGAAGUGGGAGGGGGGAUGAAAAGGGAAAUUGCCAGGUUCCUGUGACUUUGGAAGGACUGAGGAAGCAGAGAGCAUUUGGGGACUUCACUGAAACUGACUGCAUCUUGCAAUUUUCUUUUUCAAAUUGGCAGAAAUAUUGUUAUUUCCAUCGACUGAAGAAAAAAAGUGUCUGGUAAUUAAUUAAAUGACUUGUUCAUGGAAAAAAAUAAAAAUAAAUAACCUGUCAGUUGUGGAAUGUAAACUGAUUAAACAAUUAAAUAAAGAAGACCAUGUUGUGUUUUAA